GUGGGGCUGCUCUUAUUCGUUAACACGUCUUCCCCUGGGCGGAGAUCCGUUUUCCAUGCAGGAGCGGUUGCGCCACAAGGCAUGUGACCAGGGUCUCCCGCGGAGUUUUGCUGAGAAUUUUGGAAAUGAAGCAUGUGGAGCGCCUGUGUCGGGGAAGAGAGGCCGAGCUGAAGGAGCACGGGCGCCGGCCUCGGCCUCUGGGGAGCCGGGCCCGCUCGCCUCCCUGCGCGGGGCUAGCCCGAGCCUGGAACUCGGGAGGCCCAGGAGCGAAGUGAAAGCCCCUUCUGGUCCCCCAGGGCUCCACUCCCGCAGCAGCCCGGCUCCGUCGGCGUCAGUGGAGCCCCAGGCCUGGGUCCGAGAUGAGCGAGACGCUGCUCUGGCUCGCGGUCGCCCGAGCGCUCCCAAAACCAGGGAACAGGCCCCAGGAGAGAAGCCCCUAGAAGUUUCCUGGAGCAGGGAGUCUCCUGUAUCCUGUUAGCUCUGCAAAGGAAUCUGGACUUUAUUCUGAGGGCCUUGGAGAACCCCUGCAAAGUUUUUUAAAAGGCUGGAGUGCACUAGCAAGAUCACAGUUUACUUCAGUCUCAACCUCCUGGGUUCAAGUGAUCCUCCUACCUCAGCUUCCCAAGUAGCUGGGACCACAGUUGCCACCAAGGUGCUUGGUCCUUCCAAGGAAGCUAAGGCCACAUUGGGGUGAGGCCAUCACUUCAUCCAGCGACUAGCACCACCUCUGGCAAUGUCAGCCCCACACUCGCCCGCGCCACGGCCUCCAUCUCCGAGCUUGCCUGCAUCUACUUGGCCCUCAUUCUGCACGAUGACGAGGUGAUCAUCAUGGAGGUUAAUAUCAAUACCCUCAUUAAAGCAGCCAGUGUAAAUGUUGAACCUUUUGGCCUGGCUUGUUUGCAAAGGCCCUGGCCAACGUCAACAUUGGAAGCCUCAUCUGCAAUGUAGGGGCUGGUGGACCUGCUCUAGCAGCUGGUGCUGCACCAGCAGGAGGUCCUGCCCCCUCCAUUGCUGCUGCUUCAGCUGAGGAGAAGAAAAUGGAAGCAAAGAAAGAAGAAUCUGAGGAGUCUGAUGAUGACAUGGGCUUUGGUCUUUUUGACUAAACCUGUUUUAUAAUGUGUUCAAUAAAAAGCUGACUUUA